AUGCGGGAUAUCAGCGCCGAUGAAGUCUCCAAGAAAGAAGGCUCCUUCGGACAAGACUCGCUCGUCGAGGACCUUUCCGAUAGGGAGAGCGCCCUUAUCGUGAACGGCGAGCCUGUCAUCCGCAACGGCGAGGACGUCUCGAACUAUCUUAUCAAUAUCCGCGACGAUGGAGACCCUGCACUGACUUUCAGAUCUUUCGUCCUUGGUACGCUGUUCGCUGGCCUGGGCGCUGCAUUGUGUCAGGCACGUCCACUUCCUGCGUCUCUCACCAUCUAUCUCUUCAAACCGGUCCAAGUAAGCGUCUCGACGGUCUUCCUCCUGCUUCUCAUCUACUCUGUCGGGAACUUGUGGGCCACGAUCGUACCCCGCUCCUCCUGGGUUAAGGACACCCGUUUCGAACGACUCGCGCCCAUUCUGGACUUUAUCAACCCUGGCGAGUUCCGCUUGAAAGAGCACGUUAUUGCGUCUCUGGUCGCUUCUACGGCUGCCGGCGGUAGCACCGCCGUGAUGAACUUUGCUGUCCAGAAGCUCUACUAUUCGACGAACGUUCAUGCUGCCACCGCAGUGCUAGCCACUUUCUCCACCGCUUGCUUCGGGUAUGGCUUGGUUGGACUGUUCCGCCCUCUUACAGUGUAUCCGAGUGAGAUGGUGUACUGGAGCAACUUACCCACAGUGUCCAUCUUCCAGGCUCUGCACUUUGACACAAAGGACAACAAGAAGCGGGUGAAGCUCUUUUGGACGGCCUUUACCGGCAUGUUCUUCUACGAAGUGCUGCCGUCCUACAUCUUUCCCCUGCUCAACGGUGUCAACAUUGUCUGCUUGGCGACGCAGCAUGCCUCUCCCAACGCCCAGAACAUCAUCACAAACCUGUUUGGAGGCACGGACGGUAAUGAGGGCCUCGGUUUCUUCUCGUUCGGCUUUGACUGGCAGUACAUUACCUCCGCAUACGUGAGCUUGCCACUCGUUCAGCAAGCGAAUUCGUGGAUAGGGAUUGUCGUCUGCUAUGCUGUCAUCAUGGGAAUCUACUAUUCGAACGCCUGGAAUUCGCUAGCCUUCCCAAUGCUAUCAACCUCCCUCUUUGCUUCGAACGGCUCAAUUUACCCUCAGGAGGCAGUCUUCAACGACAACUUCUCCUUAAACAAGACCGCAUUGAAUGAGAUUGGACUUCCAGCUCUGACAGGGUCGAAUGCAUGGUUUAACCUUACUCAGAAUCUUGCCAUUGGCGGUCUCAUCGCGCACUGCUUCUUGUUUUGGGGGCCAUAUGUCGCGAAGUCGUUUAAGCAAGCAAGAGCUGGUACACAGCCUGAUCGUCACUGGAAAGCGAUACAGAAGUACAAAGAAGCGCCCUGGUAUUGGUAUGUAGGGCUGCUUCUACUGGCUUUCUUUGCUGGCCUAAUCGUUGUGCUCAAAGGCGAGACUACCCUGCCGUGGUGGUCAUAUAUCAUUGCUCUCUUACUCGGCAGCGUCAUUGCUCCAAUCUCAUGUCUCCUGUUCGCGCGCAUGGGCAAUGGAAUUGCAACGAACCAGCUCAUGAAGAUGGUAGCAGGCGCGGUCAACCCUGGAAAGCCUGUAGCCAAUCUCUACUUCUCUAUGUGGAGCCACGACGUUGUCUCCACUGUCGUAGGUCUUUCCGGGGACCUGAAGAUGGGACAAUAUCUCAAGAUCCCCCCUCGGGUCAUGUUUCUAACACAAGUCUGGGGUACCAUACUGGGUGCUGUGAUUAACUAUGUGGUCAUGAUUUCCAUUGUUGACGCUCAAAAAGAGAUCCUGCUAAGUCCUCUGGGAACGAACGUUUGGUCCGGUCAACAAACUCAAAGCUUGAACAGCGCUGCGGUAACAUGGGCCCUCGCGAAAGAGCUGUACAGCCCAAGCGGACCAUAUUUCGUCAUUCCACUGGGCCUAGUGAUUGGAAUGGCUCCCACUUUCUUGCAAUGGCUCAUCGCCAAACGUUGGCAGAAGAUAGGACCCAUCCGCAUCAAUGACAUUGUGCUGCCUAUCAUCUUCAAUUACUCCGCAUUUCUCAGCGCAGGUACCAACUCACCUGUAUGGAACUCCAUCAUUGUCGGCAUCGUCUCCCAAGUCUGGCUUCGGCGGUACCAUCCGGGCUGGUACAAGAAGUACAACUACAUCUUGGGUGGUGCACUCGAUGGCGGAGCACAGGUCAUGAUUUUCAUUCUGUCUUUCGCUGUGUUUGGUGCGUCCGGGAGUGCUCGACCGUUCCCGGCGUGGGCGGGUAACCCGGCGACCGGAAAUGUUGACUAUUGCAAUGGGAAUGGCGCACUUGACAGCAACUGA